UCUCAUUUUAUUUUUCUYACUCUCUUGAGUCUCUUCCCAGUUCUCAUCCCACCCUUUCAAAUCCUCUCUUGGUUGCUCACAGCUUCUGCCCUCUUAAUAACCCUCCAUCUUCUCUUCGUAAACUCUAAUUAUAAGCAUCAAAAUGGGGGAAACGAACGUGAGAUUGAAGCUUGUGAUAGAGUCGCACACARAAAGAGUUGUUUAUUGCGAAGCAGGGAAGAGCUUCGYCGACUUUCUUUUCGACCUACUUUCCCUCCCACUUGGGGCUGUAAUUAGGCUGUUGAAAACGGAAGCCAUGGUGGGAUGCUUGGGAAAUCUCUACCACAGCAUAGAAACCUUUAACCAAACAUAUAUACACUCAAACGAGGCCAAAAACGCAGUCUUGAAACCAAAACUCUCGUUCAACUCCUCCACUAUGCCCACGCUUUUGCCUUCAUAUGCCGAGACUCCGCAAACCCAAACCCAAACCCAAAUCCAAAUCCCCUCACGUGGCCCAUUUUAUUUUGGUUCUGAUGAAGAAUUUACUAUUCGAAGUCCAAGGUCAAGUAGACAGUCAUUUACUUUUGCAGGAAAUGAUUCAACUGGAUCAAAGUGGAUAUUCAAAACUAAACUAAAGGAGGAUGGAACAAUUGAACGUUACAAGGCAAGAUUGGUCGCUCAAGGAUACUCUCAGAUAGAAGGAGUGGACUACGAAGAAACUUUUAGUCCUGUAAUCAAGCCAACAACAAUUCGGCUCAUCCUUGCACUGGCAGUGACCUUCAACUGGCCCUUGCGACAACUAGAUGUCAAAAAUGCAUUUCUCCAUGGCUUUCUCAAGGAAGAAGUCUACAUGUCUCAACCACCUGGAAUUCAAGAUCUAGAAAAACCACACUUCGUAUGCAAGCUCAACUGAUCCUUAUAUGGUCUGCAACAGGCACCUAGGGCCUGGUUUGAGAGAUUAUCUCAAUUCCUCCUUCACAUUGGCUUUAUCUGCUCGCACUCUGAUCCCUCUCUUUUUAUAUAUAGAGAUGACAAUGUACUCACUCCCAUGCUUGUGUAUGUGGAUGAUAUAAUUAUGACAGGGUCAAGCUCAAAACCUAUUGAAGAACUCAUGUCACAGUUAGGAUCCGAAUUUUCUCUAAAGGACCUUGGCCCCUUACACUAUUUCCUUGGCAUAGAGGUACACCAAACUAACACUGGUCUCAUGCUAUCACAAGGAAAAUAUGCCAAGGAAAUACUAAAUAAAGCAAGAAUGCUUGAAGCCUCACAACUUAGCACACCCAUGUCAACCUCCACUUCAAGCUCCUCAAACGACAAUGAGAUAAUUGAUGCAACUCAAUACAGAAGUUUAGUGGGAUCUUUGCAAUACCUAACACUCACAAGACCAGACAUCACAUUUGCUGUUAACAAAGCCUGUCAACAUCUACAUGAUCCCAAACAAAAGGACCUAAAUAUGGUCAAGCAUAUCCUAAGAUACCUAAAAGGCACUCUAAGGUAUGGAAUAUCUUUUUACAAAAAUAGUUCACUAAAUCUCUAUGCUUUCUGUGAUGCAGAUUGGGGAGGCUGUCCUGACACAAGAAGAAGCACCUCAGGAUGUUGCAUUUUCUUAGGCUCAAAUUGCAUCUUUUGGAGCUCCAAGAAACAAACUACAGUAGCUAGAUCAAGUUCUGAAGCCGAAUAUCGUGCCAUGGCAACUAUAGCAGCUGACUUGACUUGGAUCACAUUCAUACUAAAAGAUAUUGGAGUCAAGCUAUCCAAACCACCUCAAUUGAUGUGUGACAACAUGAGUGYUCUACAUAUGRCCAAAAAUCCAGUGUUUCAUGCUAGAACAAAGCACAUAGAGAUGGAUUACCAUUUUGUUYGAGAAAAGGUGUGCCUUGGACUCCUAACAACUAGUUUUGUUCCAUCCAAAGACCAACUAGCGGAUAUAUUUACUAAACCUCUACAAAAAGCAACAUUUAAAAACUUGAGAACCAAGCUGGGCGUCCGUGAAACUCCCUUCAGCUUGAGGAAGAAUGUCAAAACCAUUAUAGCAGCAGCCAUUGAUGGAGACAACACAACAUCAGUUAGCUAAAAUUGCUCCAUGAUUCUUUGCUAAAUUCAUGCCUGAUCUCUCUUAAUUUGCCACUGACUUUUCUAACAUACCCAUCUUCCCUAUAAGAAAAUAAUCCAUAAGGAAAUAUGUACCCUGGUCAAAUUCUCAUGACCAUUAAAUACUUUCCUAGUUUAUCCUUCAUUUGUAACCGUUGGAGAUAUGUUCCUUCACUGAUUUAUUUUUUUCUUUUGUACUGUCCAUUCUUCUUUUGUGCAAACUACAUAAUAGCUAGGUUGCAUAAGAAAUAUAUAUUUUUUUUCUC